CUUUUUCAUUUUAAGCCUGUGUAUUUAAAGCACCAACCCUUUUUUCUAUCUAUUUUCUGGUUUUCUCUCCAGAAAAAAGGAAUAUAAGAAAGUCAAGGACACAAGCUAGAGGCAAAAAGUGACAAGCUUGAUCUCUGUCUUGGGUUUCUUUCUGUGCUGUCCAAGAACCCAGAAAGCAUGGUGUUGAAUCAGAGCUUCAGCUUCUGUUUUGCUGCUCUCUUCUUCUUCUUCAUUUUGUUGGGUCUCCCUGCUUCUUCUUCAUCUUCUCCCACUUUCAUUUCAGAUGGUAUCUUUGAAUCUCAGGUUUCUAUUGGCCGGAACCUACUGCAGGCCAAGAAAGGUUGUCCAGUAAACUUUGAGUUUUUGAACUACACCAUCAUCACAAGCCAAUGCAAAGGACCACGAUACCCUGCUGAGCAGUGUUGUGCUUCAUUCAAGGAAUUGGCUUGCCCUUAUGCAGAUGUAUUGAACGACUUGACAAAUGAAUGUGCUUCUAUUAUGUUCAGCUACAUCAACCUCUAUGGAAACUACCCUCCUGGCCUUUUUGCCAACGAGUGCCACGAGGGGAAAUUGGGUCUUGCAUGCCCUGCAUUACCGCCUUCAACUUUGGCUGAUGAUGUAAACGGGGUUCAUACCACCACCUCUCCAUCUCCAUUGCUAAUGCUCACAGCUGGUUUCCUAUUGUUGCUUUUCCGGUUACUAUGAAUCUCCAGACUAUUUUCCACUGAUUAGUAUACUCUCAAAACUUGUGAGGGAGUGACAAUUUUUUCAUUCAUCUCUGGUUUCAUCCAUAUUGUGGUAGGCAUCCCUUGUUAAUUACCGAGUUACUGAGGUUAAACAUCUGUGAUUUGUAAUAUUUAAGCUCCCUUUUGUGGAAUACCUUGACAGCUACUAUAUGCUGCAAAAUUGUUUAAUGCCAAAGAGCGAACCUUA